GUCCUUUCGACAUGCCCUGACAACUUGCAUGAUCAUACUCAAAGAGAGACAACAUCUCCGGUUACAAAGGAGUGUAUGUCGGCGCAACUUCUACAAACGGAGUCUGGACAGUCGGAUGCCACUGAUAACUCCAUCACAGAAGUAUCACCUUUGUUGACAGUGGUACCUAGUCAAGAGGCGCCUAGUCAGACCGUGACAUCAACUGGAUUCAUGACGCCAGUCACUAAAGUCUCAGCGGACGAGUUGAUGAUGGAGAGAGCUAUGAGGUGUACUGCGGAACGAAACUUGGAUGGCCCGAUAGUGCAUCAGCACAGGGGUUCGGCUCAACCCACUCCGACACAUUUCUCUGCGGGUGAUCUACUCUACAACACACUGGCUACGCACGUGGGCUAUCCUUCAGCUGUCUACCUCGCAGGACGUCCUUGUAGCGGUGUCUCAUUUUUUGGAGCAGGUGGCCAAGUAUUUUUUUGCCCGGGCACAUGGGUGGCGGUCUAGUCUUAGGAUUGAUAGUCAUUAGUUUGUCCGGUUUUGUAAGACUUUUGUAGGCUGUGUGCUUUUUCGGCAGAGGUCGGGAAAAUUUUAAAACGAUGUAUCACCUUGAUGUAUCACUUUGAAAUUAAUAAAGUUCCCUUU